CCCAACUGACGUAGGCUCUCACCAUUAGAGUUCAAAAUUUUAGCUAGAUUUUCAUCAGUUUGAUCCAGAAGUUCAUAGAUUAUAAGCUAUAAUUGGGUUGUUUGUUAAUUUGCAGAACAUGAUCCCAUCAAUGAUAGAGUGUGCAGAGACAAUGGUUGAAGAGUGGAAGCAUCAUAUAGACAAAGAGCUCGAUGUUUUCGAGCAUUUUAAGGUUUACACAUUGGAUGUCAUUUCCCAUACAGCUUUUGGAAGCAGUUAUGAACAAGGAAGGAGUUUCUUCCAAAUGCUGCAGAGAGUCUGCGAGCUAUCAGUUAGGAAUGGAUAUAAAGUUCGUCUCCCGAUAAUCAGUAAGAUAUUCAAAUCGAAAGACGACGUUGAAGGAGAGCGACUCGAAAAGAGAAUGAGAGAAUGCUUCAUAGAGAUCAUAAGGACAAGAGAAGAGAAGUUGAUGAAUGGGGAAGCAGAAGGGUAUGGGAAUGACUUCUUGGGAUUGCUGGUGAAGGCGAAGAACGAGCCUGAAAAAGCACAGAGGUUGUCUGUGGAUGAUAUUGUGGAUGAAUGUAAGACGUUUUACUUUGCUGGGCAUGAGACCACCAAUGCGUUGCUGGCUUGGACUAUGUUUCUGUUGGCGUUGCAUAGGGAAUGGCAAGAGGAAGCAAGGAAGGAAGUCUUCAAGGUUCUUGGUGACAAGAAUCCAACAAUGGAAAGUCUCCCCAAAUUAAGAACGAUGAAUAUGAUCAUCAAUGAAUGCCUGAGGCUGUAUCCUCCAGCAAUGACAUUAUCACGCCAAGUGCAGAAGGAAACCAGACUGGGGAGCUUGGUGCUUCCGAGUCGAAUUCGGGUGCUGAUACCGACGCUUGCAGUCCAACACAACACCGAGUUAUGGGGAGAAGAUGCAGAUGUUUUCAAACCAGAAAGAUUUGCAGAAGGGGUCGGGAAAGCCACCGAAACGAACUCGGGUGCAUAUCUCCCCUUCGGGUUGGGGCCUAGAAGCUGCGUCGGGAUGAACUUUGCAUUGAACGAAGCCAAAAUAGCAUUGUCCAUAAUUCUACAACGAUUUUCCUUCACCCUUUCACCUUCCUACUCUCACUCCCCUAUUCAGUUUCUUACUAUUAAUCCCCAGCAUGGAGUUCAGCUCAUUCUCCAUCCAGUUUAACAUCUCAACGUGAUAUGAACCAAGACAUCUCAAUUAUAUAAUAUUAAUGUCACGUUAAGAAGAAUCAAGCUUAGUUUAUACAACAAAGUCAUCAAAAUACUAUGAAUAGAAUUUCAUUUAUUCU